AUGAUGCACAUUUCUGGGGUCGACCCGGAGCAGUUGAGCCGGUCCAGCGGGCUCCAAAAUGGCGUUCAGGGCCAGCCAGAAUUGCCGGGGCUAAUUUUACAGCUGACCGAACCUGCCAGGGCCCGGUUUUGGGUCAACAGCCGCCUUUAAAUGCGUGGCAUCCACCAACAUUUCCUUCGGCGGCCAUUUCCCCCAACCACUGCUCAUCACCAUGGCUAAUCUAUCCCCCAAGAAACGUGACCGAACCAAGGAGAACUUCGACAAGUCAUGCAAGGGAGGCGCCGAGCGAUUUAACAAGAUAAGCAAGAAGUAUGGCGCCCGCGUCUACGUGCAGGUGUGUUGGAAGGGGCGGCACUACGAGUACACAUCCCACGACGAGCCUCGCUGGCCGAGGACAAGGCAUGACCUAGAAAUCAUCUAACCCUUGACCACUCAAUGGACUCCAGCAACAUUCGUGAAACGACCGCCAUCGAGCUCUAAUUUGAAAACCCCGCCAGCGUCGCCAGGGAAGCCGCUCGAAUCGGCGGGGGAGGAGCUAACGGAGCCAAAACUGGCUGAGGAUGGAUGCACUGCACGGGAUUGAUAGCGUGAGAGGGGGACUUGGACACGGCGUUUUAGACGGGUGAAGGAAGUGGCAGGGUCACGGGGGGUGUACUACGAGUAUGGCUUUCUUGAGCAAACCCUCUGAGGCGUCUGUUGAAGCCUUGUGAUACUGUACGUGUUGAUUGAAUCAUUAUCCUUCAAUUCUAACUCGGCCUGUAAUGCAUCGUGAGAUCAUCAGUGAACGAGCUUGAAAUACUAUUCGAGUCGAGAAUGGGACACUGG